AUGUCCCGACCCGGGGCUGUGCGCGAUGAUCUCUGGAUUGAAGAGGAUGCCAAAGUCAAUGUUGACUAUCUUGCACAUUCCUGGACGUAUGAUGAGAUGUGGGCUACUAGAAAACAUGUUCGCCAGAUAAACCAGCAUAGUCUUGUUAGAUGUCGAUUCGAAAAUGCUCUUUGGAGAGCAUGGCUGGCUUCUACCAGGCAAACCAUUCGCAUGCCAGCGGCGUUUAUCUCCUGGGACAAAGAUAGCGACAUUACCUGGCUCUACGGUCCACUAAAGUCUAGCAGAAGCUCCAGUCCAACACCGAGCGAGGCACCCCAGGCACAAGCUCCUAGAAAGCCUUCUCUGAAGCGAAAACCCAGCAUUUGGGGACUUUCAGAAGAAUCUUCAAUGUCCAACGACUCUACAAAUGGAAAGUCUCUGCUUGGCCGGUUCUGGAGCAUAACCAUCCAUUCAGUCCCUAGUAUAAUCCUCAGCUCACGCGAAAACUGGAACAAGCGAAGAAAAUGCCGCGUCCGAUUUGAAGAAGAGGUACAGCAAUGCCAGUACGCCCGUGACGGAAACACAGUAUCGCAAUACAGCUACAACUACAACUAUCCUUUUUUCUUGGAAGAGGCUCGACUGUACGGAAGCUAUCAGUGCCAGCAGACAAUCGAACCGCUACCGUCAACAUUCCUCACUGGCUACGAAACGCUUCCCCCAGCAGACUCGGGCCAGUAUUAUUCUAUGUCGAAUUUCCUUGAGGAGCUGGAGUAUGUCCUCACUGCCUUUGCUCAUUGGCCUUCUAUACCGCCUAGGCUUACUUGA